UUCCGUACGCACUGUGCGGCGCUGGGGGGCCAACGCGCGAUGACACCACCGACGGUCACUCCCUCUUCUCGCAUUCCUCUCGGGAUUCGCCGCAGCAGGGCCAGCCCGCGACACGCCGGUGGUCCACCAUCGGCAUCUCGAACGGCCAGAAGCAGCGGACGGCACCCUGGUACUGCUUGUAGCUCUCGGCCCGCUGCCCCCGCGAGCUCCAGUACUCCGCCGGAGCGGCACCCGUCCACCAGUUCAGGCAGUUGUGCAGGAACAUGCUCGUCAGCACGAGCACGCCGAGUAUGUCGGCGCACCGCCCAGGCUGGCACCGGCACCGCCGCGAGCCCGAGCGCGGGCGCGGGGCCGAGCCGGGCCUCGCCGAGCGGGAGGCGCAGCAGGGAGGGCAGGCUCGCCAGGAGGAGGCAGUUCCAGCACAUCCACUCGCAGAGGUUCGGGGGCUGCCACAGUUACGUCGGGCGGCGUCCCUCUGGGGGAACAGGAGCUUCUGCCCGUCCGCGAGGCUCUCCGCCUGCCAGAACGCGAGCCAGCCGACGGCAGCCCCGCGACCUCCAGCGCGUGCAGCUCCGGCCACAGCCGCGCGAGCUCCCAGGGCCUGCCUGCGAGCUGGCCCCCGCCGCCGCCGGGAGACCGCCACCGCGGGGCCCGCCGCGCGGAAGAAGUCGCCCGCCAGCAGGCACGCCAUGGACCCCAGGAACACGGCGUUCGCCGCGGCCUGCUGCAGGGUGUCGUGCUGCAUCCUCAGGGGCCAAAGCUUCGCGGGCAUGCCGCAGAGCUCGACGAACCGCACCUGCGCGAACCGGUAGCGUGCGAGGUCGCCGCUCUUGAAGUCGUACGGGAAGAUAACAGCACCAGAGCGCCGAGGAGCAUGCGCCCGCCGUGCAGCACCAGCACCAGCCCGGUGAGCAUCGCCCGCAGCGGCCGCGCAGGGUCGCGCGCGUCGCCCUGCGUCGACGCCGCAUCGCCCAGGGCGAGAACGUCGUGGAGCACAAGAAGCCCCAUUGAGAAUAGGCCGAGGGGCCAGCCGAAGUUGGAGGGAACGAAGACGAGGACCAUGACCAAAUCCCGCGACGGCUCGUGGCUGCCUCGGGUUGUUUCUUCCCUCUGGACUGCAUGGGCAUCGUGUUUCUUCCCUCGAGAUGUCCACGUAGCCCAUCUUGCCCGUGAGGAGGACGGGCAACUGCACCAGCGGUAGGAAGAUGGCGACCUGCAGCGCUGCGUUGCGGAAGAAGAGCGCGGAGGCCGCCGUGGUGCCAUCGGCGAGCGGGCUGGCGGGGAGGCAGAGCACCGGGAGGACGUGCAGCAUGACCGUGGAGAUCUUCGAAAAGUUUGCGCCGAAUUCGAAGAGGUGCCAGAGCGAGCCUGGCUCAUGCUGCGAGUGCCCGGUGGACAUGGCCUUGCUGUUCGGGAGACCAGUGGACCCUUUUGGCCGUACCCAGCACGCUCAACAAGCCUGGCUGGGGCGACAUUCUCUUGAACCGGCGUGCCUUGAGCCAAAUGACU